GAUGAGAUCAUAGUUUCAGGAUCCUCAGGAAACCCUGGUACUGGCAGCAGCCAGCCUCUGCUGUGCCCACAUGACCCACAACUCUGGCAGCGGACCGGGCACUUCCAACAUUAUUAAAUAAUAAGAAAGCGGCUCCUACUCCAUGCCCAAACCUCCCCACAGACCGGUGGACACCUUCUAAGAGUUUGACGAGUCGGUGACUGAGGCGCCCGUCCAUUCCAAGAUAAGUGAGAUUUACCAGUCCCUGGAUGAAACGCUUGGAAAGUCUUUAAAUGCCAGAGUUGACUGCCAUUUCAAAGAAAAGAAAAUAGAUGGUUUUGAAAAGUCCAUGCUGUUUCUUCAUUGAAUUUUAGAAUGAUUGAAGAUAGUGGGAAAAGAGGAAAUACCAUGGCAGAAAGAAGACAGCUGUUUGCAGAGAUGAGGGCUCAAGAUCUGGAUCGCAUCCGACUCUCCACCUACAGAACAGCAUGCAAGCUGAGGUUUGUUCAGAAGAAAUGCAAUUUGCACCUGGUGGACAUUUGGAACGUCAUAGAAGCUUUGAGGGAAAAUGGUCUGAACAACGUGGACCCAAACAUAGAACUCAACGUGGCCCGAUUGGAGGCUGUGCUCUCCACCAUUUUUUACCAGCUCAACAAAAGGAUGCCAACGACUCACCAAAUUCAGGUGGAGCAGUCCAUCAGCCUCCUGCUAAACUUCCUGCUGGCCGCCUUUGAUCCGGAAGGCCAUGGUAAAAUUUCAGUAUUUGCUGUCAAAAUGGCUUUAGCCACAUUGUGUGGAGGGAAGAUCAUGGACAAAUUAAGAUAUAUUUUCUCAAUGAUUUCUGACUCCAGUGGGGUGAUGGUUUAUGGACGAUACGAUCAGUUCCUGCGGGAAGUUCUCAAACUACCCACAGCAGUGUUUGAAGGGCCUUCAUUUGGUUACACAGAACAGUCAGCUAGAUCCUGUUUCUCUCAACAGAAAAAAGUCACCUUAAAUGGUUUCUUGGACACACUCAUGUCAGAUCCUCCCCCGCAGUGCCUGGUCUGGCUGCCCCUUCUGCAUCGACUGGCAAAUGUAGAAAACGUCUUCCAUCCAGUUGAGUGUUCGUACUGCCACAGUGAGAGUAUGAUGGGAUUUCGCUACCGAUGCCAACAGUGUCACAAUUACCAGCUCUGUCAGGACUGCUUCUGGAGGGGACAUGCCGGUGGUUCCCAUAGCAACCAGCACCAAAUGAAAGAGUACACGUCCUGGAAAUCACCCGCUAAGAAGCUCACCAAUGCAUUAAGCAAGUCUCUGAGCUGUGCUUCCAGCCGUGAACCUUUGCACCCCAUGUUCCCUGACCAGCCUGAGAAACCACUCAACUUGGCCCACAUCGUGCCGCCCAGACCUGUAACCAGCAUGAAUGACAGCAUGUUUUCCCACUCUGUCCCCUCCUCAGGAAGUCCUUUUAUUACCAGGAGGUUACCUGAGGGGAUAAGUGCAUCCAGCCCUGUGGCUGAGGAGCAUUCGCUCAUAAAGCUGUAUGUAAAUCAGCUUGACCACAGCGCACGCUCUCCUCCCAAGGACAGUGAAGUCGAGCAGAGCAAACUGCUGGCUAGGGCUGCUCCAGCUUUGCUGAAGGGCAAAGGGAUACAGUACAGUCUGAAUGUGGCAGACAGGCUAGCUGAUGAACAUGUUCUCAUCGGGUUGUAUGUCAACAUGCUCCGGAACAACCCAUCAUGUAUGCUUGAGAGCUCCACCCGGCUUGAUGAAGAGCACCGGCUGAUCGCCAGAUACGCGGCAAGACUGGCAGCAGAGUCCACUUCGUCUCAGCCAGCGCAGCAGAGGAGUGCCCCUGACAUCUCCUUCACCAUUGAUGCAAAUAAGCAACAAAGGCAGCUGAUCGCAGAACUAGAAAACAAGAACAGAGAAAUCUUACAGGAGAUCCAGAGGCUGCGGCUAGAGCAUGAACAAGCUUCUCAGCCCACUCCAGAGAAGGCGCAGCAAAACCCCACUCUGCUGGCAGAGCUCCGCCUCCUCAGACAGCGCAAGGAUGAGCUGGAACAGAGAAUGUCUGCUCUCCAGGAGAGCCGGAGAGAGCUAAUGGUCCAGUUAGAAGGUCUCAUGAAGCUACUAAAGGAAGAAGAAUUGAAGCAGGGAACCCAGGGGGCAGGCUCUCCCCGCUCCUCCCCCAGCCACACCAUCAGCAGGCCCAUCCCCAUGCCCGUCCGGUCAGCUUCCGCCUGCUCCACCCCAACCCACACGCCUCAGGACUCUCUCACAGGGGUAGGGGGAGACGUACAGGAGGCGUUUGCACAAAGUUCAAGAAGAAAUUUACGGAAUGACUUACUAGUAGCAGCGGAUUCGAUCACUAACACCAUGUCCUCCCUCGUGAAAGAGUUGAAUUCCGAGGCGGGGAGUGAAACUGAGAGUAACGUGGAUUCUGAACUUGCACGGACUCAGUUUGAAGAUCUGGUCCCAUCACCAACCUCUGAAAAGGCUUUUCUAGCGCAAAUCCAUGCCCGAAAACCCGGGUACCUUCACAGUGGAGCUACACCAAGUGCCAUGCGUGGCGACGUAUUUGCUCCGAAACUCCCACUGUGGUUGAUUCCCAGGGUUACAGAAGAUGGGGACCCAUAUGUGCGGCCAGAGGAUGAGAACUAUGAAGAUGACUCUGUCCGGCAGCUGGAGAAUGAGCUGAAGAUGGAGGAAUACCUGAAACAGAAGCUACAGGACGAAGCCUACCAGGUCAGCUUGCAAGGUUGAAUGCAAUAUCCUUUUAUCACUCUCCUCUCAAGCAAGCUAUAGUCAGACAGAUGAAAGUAACAUGAGAACUGGUGAUGAAGGACAGAGCUGCACCCACCCCUACAGAGGAGAAGACGGCAGCCUGGCAGCAGCCUCACCUCACAGAAGAGAGGACCCACUACACGCAGCAGCUCCCAACAGACCCCUGCCCCUAAAGACGUGUUCUGCCGGCUAUAGCGCAGCUAACUUUUUGUUCUCAGAUUUGUAGUUCAUAGAUGUGUGUUUUGAGAAGAAAAAAAAAAAAGACUUCUGUUCAAAGCUAACUUAUCAGCUACAUCUUCUGUAACAUGUCUCAUCCCUCAAAAUAAAAACACAGGCUGAAAUCCCACGCUGCUGUUGCUCACAAUGGCAGUAUUAACAAGCAUCUUAAACCUUUGCACAUGACAUUGAACCUGGUCAGUUUACAAGGACAAUAUUAAUACUGUUUAUAGCUAGGAGUUUGAUUUCUGAAUUCUCUGAGAUUUUAGCAAAACAAUUGAUUAUAUACACUGUACAUUUUUUUUUUCCACAGCAGUUGGAGAAAAACAACCACUUGCAAUUACUCACUAAGCCCGAAGGAUUUGGUUCCCGAGGGUACAGACUCAGAGCCCUAAAGCCAAGAAGGGCCCUUGGCCUGCAUGGUCUGCACUUGUCUCCAAGUCUCUGAGAGCAGAGGCUUGAACCAAACACACCAGGAGAAUCCAGUCUUUAGGGCUUCUUUCCAACUUGGGGUUGUUUUCUUUCGAGAUACUCUAACCAAUCAGCCCUAGAGUUUAGUGUAAAUACUUUUUUCCAAAUAAAGAUCAUAUUCCCCCCCAAAAAAUAAAGGCAACAUUCAAAUUAUAUAGAAUCUAGUUUUUAAAAUCAGCACAGAUCUUCUUAAAAACUGUGAACUCUGUUUUGAAAUACUCGUUACUAAAGCUGUUUAUAAACCACAGGUGCCAUAAGUUCCCCCCAAUGGACUCAAGUUAUCUCUGCUCUUCCACGGGCUGGUUCCUCUCGGUUUAGCUUUAGGGAGCAUGUUUCUAACAGCACCGCUCAUCUGCAAGUUCCCCUAUCGGGUCGUUUGGACGCCUUUCAGCUUUAAAUGUACAGGCUUAAAGCGCGCUUGCAAACGUUCGCCCUCCUCUUCUUUCUGAAUGUGUAUUGCCUUAGCUGGCUACCUGGUGUUCUGCAUGCAGCCUCCUCUGGUCACAUGAGAGGAAACAGGCUCUUCUAAGUGGAGUUGGGAUUUUGCACUCCGUGAAAAGCUAAUGUGCAAAAGAACUGACAAGGAAGGGUGAAUGAAUGACUCUGUCGAUGGUCCUUUCUGAGGGCCCUCUUUGGGGAGCACUAAAGACCUCCCUUAGGGAUUCUGGGGAAAUGAAAACAUCAUCUUCUACUCGUUUCAAUAUUUGAUGAAAGAAACAUCCUACAACAUAGUAGAUACGUUAUCCUUAAAUUGGCAGCUUCCCUGGAUUCCUGUUUCUCCUUUAAGAGAAAGAAGAGAACAUAAUUUUAGAACAGUGGUUCUCACAGUGUGGUCCCUGGACCAGCAGCGUCAAUAUCACCUGGGAAUUUAUUAGAAAUGCAGAUGCUUAGGCUCUAACCCAGGCCUAAGGAAUCAGACAUUCUGGGGCUGGGGCCCAGUAAUCUGUGUUUGAAUAAACCGUCCAGGUGAUUCUGAUGCACGCCGAAGUUGGAGAACCACUGCUUUAGAAUAAAGUUGUAUAAUAAAAUCUCUGAAAAGGCCUUAUUCAGGAUAAGCAAGAGAUUCUGAGUCAACCUCAAAGCUUCAGCUAUUCGGUUUUGCUUCCAGGGCUGGCAAAAACCUGCCACCUCCCAGAGUCGGUAGUUGGUGGGUGCCCAGCUGAGAAGAGACAUCCUGACAUCUUCCAGCUUCCUCUCCAGAGAGUUCUAAGAUGUUCAUGCCUCUGCACUGGGUCAGAAACCAUCUCCUUGGCUGCCCUGUGGAACAAAAUCGCUUGCUUUGGGGAUAGUAAAGCUCUUGGUUGGCAUUAGCAAGGAGCCCAGUCUGCCCACUGAUGUACUUAAUCAUAUAUCCCUCGGGAGAACCAGCCUGAAAAAUGUCCCUGAGAACAGGCUGACACCAAAGGGACACAACUGCACAGUUCUCAGAUUUCUUUGCACAGAUGGAUUUUAUUGCGGAUUUUGUUGGUAUAUCUUAAUGUUCAUCUCUUUUCCACUGCCCAUCCUCUGUGAACCCGUGCCUCUCUAGAUGGAGCAGGUGACCACUGGUGCCUCAUACUCAGUACUUAAAACCACUACAUCCCAGCUACCUACAUGGCUGUCAGCUCUCAAUCAUAGCCGGGCAGUUCCCGAACUCAGAACCCUGACCCUGCAGGUGGUAUUCAGCCGCCAACUGGACCGAGCUGACAGAUGUUGUCAUUUUGUGUUUCCAUAUCAAAACGUUUGUCUAAGAUUUGAACUGUUCUGCCAAUAACCUUCCCCCGUCAUAGCAUUCAUUGCCAACUCCAUCACACGGUUGUCGAAACCAUCGUACAAAGCCAUUGCAAGGACUCUGGAAACUGCUACCAAUGACCAAUUCCUGACUAACCAGCCACCUUUUCUUUCUCUUAGCUCCACGUCAGCACUGAGACCAGACUCAAGCACCCCUGUCCUGUAACCGAGACAAAAUGGCGUGUGUUGUUCUGGGUUUUUGUGGUUUGCGGUGGGUUUCUUUCCUUGGCUCUCCAAAUCUACUUUUGGGGCCUGUUCUAAGUGCAAACCCAGCAGGUGCCACCUGUCCUGUCCAUUAGAUCCAAUUCCGUCUGGCGGGGGUUGUUUCUUUCUUGUUCCACGAUGAAUUGCACAUCCACCUCCAUUAGAGAUGUUGGCCUAUUAAUGAGCACUGGUCUAACACAGCCAACCCUCCCCCACGGGGCCAUGUCAUGGAGGGAGGGAGGAGGGUGAAAUCUACUGUAGGGGAUUCAGGAAUCAGUUGUGGUUGGUCAGGACGGAAGUCGGGGUAAAUUUGGUUGGUCACAGGGAGAUGUGCUGGAGAUUGUGAAAAAUGGAUUCUCGAGUGAUCUACUUUAAGGCAGGGAAGGUUCAUUUGUAAGUAGUGAUGUGAACUGAACUACAUAAGAGUGUGGCCUUUGUUGUGAUAUACUAUGUAUUUUCUUAUAUGCAUGAGCCAGACUGUUGCCUCAUAAUUUAGCACUAAUGUCUGCUUUUAUUUUGAUCAUCUUUGUGCACCCUUAUUAGUUCUUGGCUGUUAACUGUAGGUAGACGUUGUAAAUCCGGCAGCCUUUGGUCGCUGCGAUCACCUUGGUUCAAUUCCGCACAAGGAGCCACAAACAAGAACUCCACCGUGUCCUCAGAAGAAAGGGCAUUUUUACCUUUGAACCAAAAAGAGGGGGAAAAAAAUCAGAAGUAUCACAUCCUAAGGCUAAUUAACUAUAAGACAUUUUUAAUUAUGACUACUGUAAUUUGACACCAUUUGAAAUAACCAAUUCAGAGACACUAAAGAUUUCACAACAUUCAUUGGUAUGUAACAAAACUACUAUUGUAUGGGUUUUUUGUAUUGCUGUUAAGUAUUGUUUUGUGUGUAUGUGUGUGUGUUGGAACCUCCUGGGGACAUGUUAUAUUUUGAAGUGAUUAAACUAUUUAAUUGUGUGUCUAUAUUUUGGAAUGGAAUUAUUUCUUCAUUAAAAAAUCUUUUUAAAAACACUA